UGGGCGUGCUGUGAGAAGCAGGAUGGGCACGGGCAAGCCCCGGAGGGACGGGCCCGGGGGGGCUCCAUCACCCAGGCGAGGAUUUUCCUUUGGCUCCGGCGCCGUGCGGAGGAUUUGGGAGAUUUGAGCUGGAGCAGAGCGAGGAUUAAUUUGGAUUAUUGGGAUAUUAGCUGCAAUAUUAGCUGGUUUACAGGGAUGAAGUCUCCGGGGCACAAACACCCAUCGGCCCCAAAUUAAAGCGCUAAUGAGCUGGAAUAAGGUGCGAGGGGAAACUGAGGCACGGACUGGAGCCAACCCUCGCCCCACGAUCCCCCCGGGGCCUCCAUCGCCCUCCCCGGGGCUUUUCCGAGUUCAUUUCGAAGCCGUCGCUCUCGCCCAUUUCGUUUCCUGCUUUGGAGGUUUCGCUCUUCGCUCAAAACCCGACGGGGAAAUUCCCUCCCCCAAAUUUGCUUCUGCUCGAUUUUCGGGCGGCCGCCACUCUCGGCUCGACAUCACCGCGGCCACCGGGCAGGGCCAGCACGGUCCUCAGCAGGGUGAUUCCCUGCCCCCCGCCCUGCCCAGGUGUGAUGGACGUGCAGGAGGUGCUCCUGCAGCUCUGGGGGGAGGUGGCCAGGCUGCAGGAGCUGUGCUCGGAGCAGGGGAGGCUCCUCCGGAGGCUGAGGGCCAGGAAGGGACCGGUCCUGGACAUCCCGGUGUCGCUGCCUGUGCAGUGCACGGAGGAUGUGGUGACAGGGGACGGGCAGAGGUCACCUGAGAGCCGCCAGAAGCACCCAGGGGCUCUGACAUCGCCCACGUCCCCCCUGGAGGGCUCUGCCGGUCCCGUGGAGCAGCCCCAGGACACCAAGAGGCUCCUCCCGAGCCCUGGGAGCGGCGCUGGCAGCGGAGGAGCCGCGGCUUCGGGCAGCACCGAGGGGCAGGAGGGGGAUGAGCCCACCUGGAGGAGCCCCUGGAUCCUCCCCGUGCCCUGGGGAGGAGGGAGAGCCCCCUCCAGCCCUGGGGAGCUGGAGACGCCCAACCCAGGGGCUGGGGGCUCCUCCCCAAACCCCCUGGAUCUCUACGAAGCCCCGGAGGUGCCCGAGAGGGAAGACGCUGGCAGCGACGUGGCUCUGGUGGAGAUCCGAGGGCCUGUGAAGAGCUGCUGGACGCCGGGCUGGGCGCUGGGGGCUGACCCCGCCCGUGAGGCCGCCCCCGCCUGUGAGCUGUGCCGGGAGGUUCUCCCCGCGGGGGCAGCGGCACACGCGGAAUAUCUGAGCCACGUCCUGGCCCAUCUGGAGUAGGACUCGUCCUCCCAACGGGAGAUCCGUGGGUUUGCACCCGACCCGCGGGACUGGCUCUGGACGUUCCCAAACUGGACUUGGUGCCCUCUUCCAGCCCCGGGGCUCUGUGGUUGGUGAGGAUUUUUGGGAUCCUGCUGCUGCUUUGGACUGGGUUUCCACCUUCCCCAUCCUUCUCCAGGCCGAAUGAGCUCUCAGAUCUGCAUCGCGGGUGUGUUUUGGGUUAUUGAUCUCCGUGGAUCUUGAUGAUGAUCCCAUCCCGGGGUCUGGAGGUGUGAGGGGGAGCUGCAGCUCCUGGGAAAAGGGAAUUGCCUUUGAGUGGAAAUGAGUCUUCCAUGAAUAGUUAGGGAUGUUUGGGAAGGCACCCUGGCGUUUUCUGGGAGUUUGGAAGGUUGAGUGGAGAAUCUCAAGGCUUUUGGGGGUCUAAGAAUUAUUUUAAUUCAUUAACAGUAGUUUGAGUGUUUUAUAGCACCUCCAUCAGUGGUAUCCAACGUGUUUCCCAAAGGAAUUCACUGCAGCAGUGGGGAAAUGAGGCACAAAUCAUGGAUCACCUCCAAAUCUCUCUUUUCUGUUGGAAAAAUCUAUCUCAGGCUUUUAUGUUUUGCAAGUUUCUCCCAGAGUGGAUUUGACGUCUCCUGCUUGAGGAAACUUGUGUUGAAAUGGAGAGCCAGGUUCUCCUGUGACGUCAGGGACUGGGAGGAAUCAGGAACUCCAGAUCCAACAUCUCCCCUUUGGCAGCAGAGAGAAGUCAGGAGUGAAGUUUCUUCCCCAGAACGGAGCCACAGUAAUGGAUUUACUGGUGACAAACUUCUGUGUGUCCCCAGGGUCCCUGGAACCAUUUUCCGAGACUAAUCCCACAGCUUUGACCUUGGAUUCUCCAUCCACGUGGAUUUUGGAGCUGCUUCCAGCCCUGGGUAGAACUGGGGCCUUUAUUUCACUGAAAAUGGGUUUUCUCCAAGUUUUCUCCAAGAUUUCUCCACAACACAACUUUCCCACCACCCUCUUCUGCUCCAAGAUUCAUCCUGUGGCUCCUCAGAUUUAUUUGGAUUAUUUGAUAGGGUUUUAUUCUCUUCUUAGGGGACAAACCCUCAUUUCCCGGGUGAAUCCCUGGAAGCUGGAACAAGGAUUCCAUCAAUUUAUUCCCAUUGAUUGGGGAUAAUCAAUGGGAUUAUUGCAUCCCAUUAUUCCAACCGAAUUGCUGGAGUUGGAUGGAAGGAGGAACCCAGCCAGGCUCUGCUCGCCCAGGAAAACCAAUUCCCAAAGCAGGAGCACGGAUUUGUCAGGAGCCAAAGCCGCUGGUGUGGGGCAGGUGUGGCUCUGCAGUGCCCAAAAUGCCGUGGAAAACCCCCCUGGCAGCACUUGGGGUGAGCCACGAGGGAAUUUUGUGCUGAUCCUCCAUCAGGACAGCCAUGGAAGCUCUCAAGGACAUUUUUAGCUGCGGGGGAAUUAAAUCCCCCCCUCCCAGAUGGGACACGGAGCCUUUUUGGCUCCAGCCUUUUCCAGGGCAGGAAGGUGGCUCUGUCUCCAAAAUAACUUUAAUUGCAGGUUGCUGGUGGGGCCCGUGGGUGGGGUGUGGUUUUUGGGGUCAGGUUGGGCCCCGGGUGGGUGGGAGUUGUUUUGGGACAGGCAGAUUCCCGUCAGGAGAAGAUGGAAAAUGGGAAUUGGGUGAGUUCAGGGAUGAGGGUGCCCCACUCGUGUUUUCUCCAAGCAGGGAUGGAGCUGGUGAUGAUGCUCCUGGGGAAGCCACGGCAGCAAAAAUGCAGCUGGAAAUGGGAUUUUGGGUGGAAAAUGUUCAUUUUUGAGAGUUUCUAAUCCAGGGCUUUGGGGAGAGGGAAGGGGCCCUGG